AUGGUCACUUACGCUUUACCAGCCUCCCACAGACAAUUGAUUGAAGGGACCCUCCAGGAGACCGAUCCUGAGGUUGCCUCCAUCAUUGAAGAUGAAAUCGACAGACAGAGACACUCCAUUGUGUUGAUUGCGUCUGAGAACUUCACCUCCACCGCGGUGUUUGGCGCCUUGGGGACUCCAAUGUGCAACAAGUACUCCGAGGGGUACCCAGGUGCGCGCUACUACGGCGGUAACGAGCACAUCGACCGCAUGGAGUUGUUGUGCCAGAAGAGAGCCUUGGAGGCGUUCCACGUCGAAUCCGACAAGUGGGGUGUCAAUGUCCAGACCUUGUCCGGCUCCCCAGCCAACUUACAGGUCUACCAGGCGAUCAUGAAACCACACGAGAGACUCAUGGGUCUUGACUUGCCACACGGCGGUCACUUGUCCCACGGGUACCAGACCGACUCCAGAAAGAUUUCUGCCGUCUCCACCUACUUCGAAACUAUGCCAUAUAGAGUGGACUUGGAAACCGGGAUCAUCGACUACGAUAUGUUGGAGAAAACCGCCAUUUUGUUCAGACCAAAGACCUUGGUCGCCGGUACCUCCGCCUACUGCCGUUUGAUCGACUACAAGAGAAUGAGAGAGAUUGCCGACAAGGUUGGUGCCUACCUCGUUGUCGACAUGGCCCACAUUUCCGGUCUUGUUGCCUCUGGCGUCAUCCCAUCUCCAUUCGAGUACGCCGACAUUGUCACCACCACCACUCACAAGUCGCUCAGAGGCCCAAGGGGCGCCAUGAUCUUCUUCAGAAGAGGUGUCAGAUCUGUCAACCCAAAGACCGGUAAGGAGGUUCUCUACGACUUGGAAAACCCAAUCAACUUCUCCGUCUUCCCAGGGCACCAGGGUGGUCCACACAACCACACCAUUGCUGCCUUGGCCACCGCGUUGAAGCAGGCCGCUACUCCAGACUUCAGAGCCUACCAGGAACAGGUCUUGAAGAACGCCAAGGCGUUGGAAUCUGAAUUCAAGGCCAAGGGCUACACCUUGGUCUCCGACGGGACUGACUCCCACAUGGUCUUGGUCACCUUGAGAGACAAGGGUAUCGACGGUGCCAGAAUCGAAACCAUCUGUGAGAACAUCAACAUUGCCUUGAACAAAAACUCCAUCCCAGGCGACAAGUCCGCCUUGGUCCCAGGUGGUGUCAGAAUUGGAGCCCCAGCCAUGACCACCAGAGGCAUGGGCGAAGAGGACUUCAAGAAGAUUGUCCAGUACAUUGACAGAGCCCUUGUCAUCGCCAAGGACAUUCAGGCUGCCUUGCCAGCCGAAGCCAACAAGUUGAAGGACUUCAGAGCCAAGGUUGUCGACGGCACCAACGAGGAGAUUAAGCAGUUGAAGCAGGAAAUCUACGCCUGGGCCGGGGAAUUCCCAUUGUCCGUCUAA